AUGGCUAUUGGAGAAGGCGUUCAGCAGACUGGUAUUCGAACCAAGCAUCACGGCACUCGGAGACUAGGCCGUGAGAUCCCCAUCUCACCAACUCCGCAUAAUCGAGACGACAACUCUCAGGGACUUUCCUUUGUUAACAUAUCUCGUCCCGACGAUGCAAAAGACAAAGACACAAGGAAAGCAAUCCGACAUCAUGUGAUGGCAACUGUUGGUAAAUCACGAAGAAAGCCCCCUAAAUCAUUUACCUUUUCAGUCCGAGCUCUACCCACAUACGUUGAGACACCCCAAAUAUCAGGCGCACCAUCGGCUGAGGAUUUCGAUAACUGGCCCUCUUGGAGAUUCGUCCCUCGAUCACUUCAUUACUACGGUGUAUUUCCCGUGGACACGGGUACACGAGCUCGGCAGCUCAUUCAAUUCAUGCACACCGAAGGAGAUCAUGUCUAUCGACCAUUUCGGUACGAGUGGUUCUCUAUGGCGGUUGUCGAUUACAGUGCGUUCUACCAAAUCACCAAUCACAGUGGGACCGAAUAUAGUGACUGUGUCGAAUCUGCGCGGUAUUUCAGCACAUGUCUGAACCAAAUUGCUCAAAGACUUGGGAGCAAAACAGACAGCAUUAGUCAAGGCGUCAUUACUACCAUAUUGGGAUUUCUUUGCCACGAUUCAUGCCUGGGAAAAUGGGAUAGAUGGGCCAUUCAUAUGGAUGGCCUUGAAAAUAUCUUGCAGCUUCGUGGAGGUUUUCAGAUCCUCAGUACCAACACGUCAAUGUUCACAUCCUGGUAUGACCUGCGCGCAGCAUAUGGAUGCGGUGAAAAUUGA